AUGGAAGAUAGUGGCAUAGAUAGUGAAGAACCACAUCCAGUACAAAUAUUUGAAGACAAGCAAAAGGUGUGGUUUAAAAAUCGUCGUGCCAAAUGGCGUAAACGUGAACGUAAUGCUAUGAAUGCAGCUGUUGCUGCAGCUGAUUUUAAAUCCGGUUUUGGAUCUCAAUUUAUGCAACCAUUUGCUGAUGAUUCACUAUAUUCCUCAUAUCCAUACAAUAAUUGGACAAAAGUACCUUCACCACUUGGUACAAAACCCUUCCCAUGGCCAGUCAAUCCACUUGGUUCAAUGGUUACCACAAAUCACCAUCAAAAUUCAGUGAAUUGCUUUAAUACUGGUGCCAGCGGUGUUGCUGUUAGCAUGAAUAACUCAAUGUUACCAGGUACGAUGGGCUCCACAUUGACCAAUUCAAAUGUUGGGGCUGCACCCUGCCCUUAUACAAAUCCCGCUAAUCCUUAUAUGUAUCGUGCCGCAGCUGAACCUUGCAUGACAUCUAGCAUGUCUUCCAGCAUAGCUACGUUACGCUUAAAAGCGAAACAACAUACAACCGGUUUCGCAAGCCCCUAUUCAGCGCCUUCACCGGUUUCGAGAUCCAAUUCAGCAGGUCUGUCAGCAUGUCAAUAUACUGGCGUUACUGAUGUUGUUUGAGAAAACGCCCUCGGGGCUCUGCUCAAUCAGCAUCAGCACCAUUUACAACAUUUCUCUAGCGGCGGUAAUGCAUCAGUUGGACAUAAUUUGCAUCAUCUACACAACAAUAACAACAACAAUAAUCUAUUAAAUAACAACCAUUUGUUACUGGAUCACAACGGUGGCGGCAGUAAUGAUAAAUCACCACUUCAUCAUCAACAGAAUGAUUUAAGUGGUGGUAAUGGUAGUGCUAAUGGUUUAAUGGGCCCAAAUGGUACCAAUGACAAUGGCGAAGAUGUAGAAGAAGUCAUUGACUAAGAUUGCUUACACAUGCAAUGGGUGUCUUAGACUUGAUGCAAUAAAUAAUAUAAAAUGAAAUAAUUUAAAAAUAAAAAUGAAUGU